AUGGUCAGAGGCUCACGCGACGGCGGUCAACACGUUUUGCCGCAAACUUACACUUGAAGCGCGUAUAAACAGUCUGUGGGAAUUACUUUUUUCAAAUCUGAGGAUUCUGACAUUUCUUCUAAACGAUGAACAACUUCCUGCUAUAUACGGUUUUUUCUGUAUUGAUCUGGCUCCCAAAAUCCACGAGGUCAUAUCCACAGUCUGGCCUUGACUUGAGAGACAGCAGGACACAGCAGGACCUCUCUUGCAGAGACAACCUGGAGUACCCGCAUGGCAACAUCUGCUGUUUAAACUGUCCAGCUGGUACACAUGUGGAAUCACCCUGCACCAAAGCAGGAGAGAAGGGGAAAUGUGAGGAAUGCGACUUUGGGACAUUCAUCGAGCAUGCCAAUGGGCUGAAACAGUGCUUCAAGUGCACACUGUGCCGCUCAGAUCAGGAAAUUGUAAGGUCGUGUACUCACACACAAGAUACAGAAUGUCGGUGCAAAUCAGGGAGAUUUUGUGAUCCUGACCAAGCAUGUGAAGUAUGCAAGAAGUGUUCAAGAUGUAAAAAAGAUGAAGAGACAGUGAGGAACUGCACUUCAACCAGCAACACAGAGUGCAAGAAAAUCCAAGCCAAAUCUGACUCUUCCUCAGGCAAGGCUUGGGUGAUUGCGAUCAUUGUCGUGGGUGCUGUUUUGUUAGUUGGCGUAAUAAUAUUUGCUACAUACAAGUGGAGGCGUAGAAAACAAGAAUCUCAGAGACCUGGUGGGAUGAAAGCUGGUCUGCAUUAUACAGACACCGAUCCCACUGAAGGAUGCAGGGACGGAGAAACCCGAAGGCCAAGCAACACAAAUCUUAGCCUGUCCCGGCAACUGGUGAGAGCCAAAUCCCCAGUCGGUGUGGAGGAUGAGCGUAAAAUGCUGUGUGAAAGCCUCAACAGCUCAGCCAGUAACUCGCAGCACAGUCUAAACGGCCCGUCCUACUCUGCCUUCCCCGCAUCUUCCCAAGCCAGCCCCAAGAGCCCCGGGCAGCCCAACAGGAGGGAAGAUAGGCAGUUUCCCGAGCUUGUCCCUGUGAAUGGUGAAGAGUCUCUCAGGAGUUGCUUUGAGUUAUUUGAAGAAGUAGCCGUGGACCAGUGCAAGAAGUUCUUCCGUCACCUUGGGAUUAGCGACAAUGUGAUCAAAAGCAGAGAGACCCUUUCCCAUGAGGAGAUGAUUCACGAAUUGCUGAAUAUUUGGAUAGAAAAAGUGGGCAGAGAAGCCAAUUUAAAUGAGCUCCUGAAAGUUUUGCUUGACAUUAAUCAAAGGCGAACAGCUGAGAUUAUCAAGGAGCGUGCUGUUCAAAAUGGUGAAUACUUUUGUAAGUCUUAAAGAUGGCGGAAUUGUUCAAGGAAAUCCUUUUGAAAACUUGUCGCCCAAUGAAUACCACUUAAGGUGUGAGUUUGUUGUUGCUGAAAGCUACUACUUGGAAUAGCACAAGAAUACCAUCUAAAGUGCUCUUGGCAUGAGCAGCAUCAAUAGUGUUGCCUCUUGAAUGUCACAUGUGGUUUUAAUGCCCUGUUGGGGGGUUAGCUUGUGUAUCUGUUGCACCAGCAACUCACAAAGCUACCGCUCAGGGUGAUGUUUUAGCUGGAGUCUAUUCUGCCAAACAAAAAGUUUUUACAAAGGAGGAAACACAAGUGAUGUUGUCUCAUGAAUGUCAAUUAUGCCAUGAAGUCCCUGUAGCAUCUUAAAAACUUCGAUGUCCUGUCCUAGUCGAAGCGAAACAAAAGACUAUGACCAUGGUGGCCUUAUGGCGAGUGGUUUAUCUACUCUGCCUGGGGAACAAAAAAAACCAAAAAAAACGGCUUAACCACACAAAUGAAGUGUGUAUUUUACUGAAGCUGUUUCAGUUACGUCAUGUUACUGUACUGGUCAGCUGUGAUGGGAAAAGCAGGCUGCAAAGUCAGACUUUGCUUGAGUACAACCUCACAUGACCUCACACUCCAUAAUGACAGCUUACAUUUAGCUGUUUUCUUGUCUGUCUGAAAGUGAUUUAUUUCUUUCAGCUACAUGGAGCACUGCGAAGUAACUUGUUCAUAAAGUGUUUGCUGUCUUGUACACUCCACGUAGUGUACAAAGACGGCUUUUUACUGCAUCUACAUCUCAGGACAGGUUGAUCGUUUCAUGGUAGCUCUGAUGUUCUUGUUGACCAUUAUGUUCCUUCAGAUAUAUUCAUCAAAAUGUAACUGUCUGAUCUCAGGAAUGCAUGUCUUCAUGAUCGCACUGAUUACCGAGCAUCAAAACGUGAAGCUUUUAAUAAAAUGUUCAGGGAUUUGUGUAGUAUAUUAAGUUAUAUCAGAUUGCAGGUUGUGAUUUUAUUUAAAAACAAUGUUUUCUGCUCAACUGUCCCUGCUGAUUGACAAUGUUGUCGUGACCAUGGUUUGACUGGCUCUAGUCGCCUGAUCGAGAGAUGUCCUUUGUUUGUUAUUAAAUCCUCUGUGUGUGUGUGUUGUGCUUCUGGUUUAUUGUUACACUUCUGUCAUAUUCCUGAUUAUAACAGGCACACCUUAGAUGCUAACCAAACCACACACUGGGUUCCCUUGUACUUGUCUGCUUUAUAGAUAGGUUUAUUACAAUGUUACACAGGGCUUCCUUAUACAUUUCUUUAAUAUUCUUUAUCUGUUGCUUUCCGUCACUUUCAGGUCCUGUACUUUUUGCCAGGCGAUUGCUUUAUUUUAGUAAAACCUAGCAUGCAAAAAGAAAACAAUAAAAAUGAAGCACUCUC